AGAGAGAGAAACAGGGAGAGAGGAAGAGAGAGAGAGAGAGAGAGAGAGAGAGGAGAUCCAGAGCCAUAGGUCAAUCACCAUCAAAGCUUCUCCCGUCACAGAGCGUAAGGAGAACCCAGAUUUUAAAGCUUGCACCUUCAACCGCCACUGGGACUUGCAGAAGGAACCCAUAGUUUCUUUACCCUCUUGGCCCUGUAAUUUUCUGAUUAAAACCCCAUAAUUUGCUUUGUCGGUUAAAAAAUAGUGAUUACUUACUAAUUACAGUAGUUAAUUAGUAUUAGUAAGUAAUUAGCAGGUGAGGGGAGGAGGAGAAAAGCGAAAGCCGUUGAAGAAUGAGACUCUGCACCACCAGCAGAGUCGGAGAAGCACAACAACUUCAUCAUCCUCAGCAACUUCUGCUUUUACUUACUGCUUCUGCUGGAAGUGCUUUUUCUGCUACUUGUAACGGUCAAAUUAAGUCAAGAUGGGGAACUGCGGCACGAGGGAAGAAUCAGCUGUGGUGACCAAUGCUCAAGUUCAGCAGCUGAGCACUCUGGUGAAGAACGGCGGCGGCGAGAGGAAGCAGAAUCACAGCCGUUCGAUUUCAGAUCUGAUCGAUCCUUCGACGCCACGCAACUUCGAGGACGCGCGGAAGAAUGCGGUACUGUACACGCACGUCAUCGCCUUCACGCUCUUCGAGCUCGAGACCAUUACUAAGAGCUUCCGCUCCGACUACAUUUUGGGGGAAGGCGGCUUCGGGACGGUGUACAAGGGCUACAUUGACGAGAACGUUCGGGUCGGGUUGAAAUCUCUGCCUGUCGCCGUCAAGGUCCUCAACAAGGAGGGCUUCCAGGGCCACCGCGAGUGGCUGACGGAGGUCAACUUCCUCGGCCAGCUCCGUCACCCCAAUCUUGUGAAAUUGAUUGGAUACUGCUGCGAGGACGAUCACAGAUUGCUGGUUUACGAGUUCAUGUUCCGAGGGAGCCUCGAGAAUCAUCUUUUCCGGAAGGCAACUGUCCCAUUGUUGUGGGGGACGAGGAUGAUGAUUGCUCUGGGAGCUGCCAAGGGGCUUGCUUUUCUUCACAAUGCCGAAAGGCCUGUGAUUUAUCGAGAUUUCAAGACUUCGAAUAUCUUGCUGGACUCUGAUUAUGCUACCAAGCUUUCGGAUUUCGGGCUUGCUAAAGCUGGACCUCAAGGGGAUGAGACUCAUGUAUCUACUCGCGUUAUGGGUACCUAUGGAUAUGCAGCCCCGGAGUAUGUAAUGACUGGCCACCUAACUGCCCGGAGUGACGUAUACAGCUUUGGAGUUGUUCUCCUUGAGCUUUUGACAGGAAGAAGAUCUGUUGACAAGACGAGACCAAGCAAGGAGCAGAACCUGGUAGAUUGGGCGCGGCCAAAACUGAACGACAAGAGAAAGUUGCUACAAAUAAUCGACCCUAGGUUGGAGAAUCAGUACUCGGUCAGAGCAGCACAGAAGGCCUGCAGCUUGGCAUACUACUGUCUCAGCCAAAACCCCAAAGCAAGGCCCUUAAUGAGUGAUGUAGUUGAAACUUUGGAACCUCUACAAAGUUGCAAUGAAGCAAGCGACUCAACUGGCGGUCCAUUUGCCAUGACCAGAAUCCCUGAGUACCGAACGCAUCACAGGUUUUCUAACAACGUACGUCCGGGUGUUGUUUGUCGAUCUCCCAACCCAAAUUUAUCGCCAGGAGGUCCUGCAGCGUGCAGAGUUAGAUGAGAAUGUCAUCUGUAUUGUAUACUUGUAUGUGCUUUGUAUGAAUUAUCCCCCAACCUUUUUUGCAAUGACAGAAUUUGCUCGUUAUAUAUA